CCAGGUUUAACAGAACCUACAUAAAAAACUAUGUCGUUUUGGUUAUAGGGUUUUCAAUUUCCAGUUUCACUCAGAAGCACAAAAGCUAAAGCCGUGAACCGUUCUCUUUUUGUUGCCUCUUGAGUGUUGCCUCAUCCUGCUCAUCAAUCUCUCGCUUCUUCGCACUUUUAUGCAAAACUCGAGCUCAAUCUGUCCUUUAAACCCUAAUCUUUCCAAUAGUCAUUGCCAACAAUAAUUAAAAACCUCGCGUAUCUCAGCAGUUGCCAUCCUCUCUAUUCUAAUCUUUCUUGAUUUCUCCAAGUCUCCGACUCUCUCAUCUUGCAAGCCACCAUCGACGACUCUUCCAUUCCUAGAACAGCCUUUUCACUCUGACGGAAACUGCAGUAAAACGUUCUCCCGUCAGUCACUGCUGCUCUUUUUUAAUCCAUCUUUCUAGCUCAAGGGCAUUGAGAGUUUCUUUUGUGGAAAGAUGAGUUUGAUUUCUCAAAAUGUUGGCUCUAAAAACAGAGACAAGACUAGAAAGGAGGAGACUGAUAAACCUGCAUUUAUGGAAGGAAAUAAAGAGGGUGAUGGUAGAGAAUAUGAUUUGGUUAUAUCAAAAGCCAAAAGGAGAAGGAAAGAAAACGAAGAGCUUGAUGAAGGAAGGGAAAUGAAAAGGUUGGAGAAUUUUUUGUUUGGGUCCCUAUACUCUCCUAUUGAAUUUGGAAAAAAUGAUGAGACUAGGGAUGGUUCUGCUUCAUUCUUUGUGGACCGUUCGGCAAAUAGCGAAUUGUCUGUUUAUGAGGAGGAUUCCGAAUUCAAUGAGAAAAGUGACCUUGAAGAAGAAACUAAACAAGGGAAAGCUGUAUGGGUUGAUGAUGAAGAGGAAAAGGCCACAAUUAAUAUUUCUAAGAUUAAUAGGUUAAGAAAACUUAGGAAGGAAGAGGAUGAGAGCUUGAUUUCAGGUCGGGAAUAUGUUGCAAGAUUAAGGGUUCAUCAUGCAAAGUUGAAUCCAGGAACUGAGUGGGCUCGACCUGGUUUUCAGUCAAGAGAUGAUAGUGAAUCAUCAGAUGAAGGAAAUGGCUUUGCAGCAGCACAUGGUUAUGAGGAUGCUGAAUUUUUUAGUGAUAUUCUUCGAACAAAUGAAGAUCUUGUAGUGAAGAGCAGGUCGAAACUGUUGCCUGGGCGUCUUGAGUACUCAAGACUUGUUGAUGCAAAUGCUCAGGAUGCAUCCAAUGGUCCAAUAAAUUCAGUGCAGUUCCAUCGGAAUGCACAGUUGCUACUUGCUGCUGGAUUAGAUCGGAGGCUAAGGUUUUUUCAAAUUGAUGGUAAACGGAAUACAAAAAUACAAAGUAUCUUCAUUGAGGAUUGCCCCAUUCACAAGGCAUCAUUCUUACCUGAUGGAUCACAGGUUGUUAUAGCAGGAAGAAGAAAAUUCUUUUACAGCUUUGAUUUAGUGAAAGCAAAAGUUGAUAAAAUUGGCCCCUUAGUUGGCAGGGAGGAGAAGAGCUUGGAAGUUUUUGAGGUUUCCCCAGAUUCUAGCACGAUUGCUUUUGUGGGGAAUGAAGGUUAUAUCUUGUUGGUGUCAUCCAAAACAAAGGAGCUUAUUGGGACUCUGAAGAUGAAUGGAACUGCUCGUUCUUUAGCUUUUGCAGAUGAUGGGCAACAAUUAUUGAGCCAUGGAGGUGAUGGACAGGUCUAUCACUGGGAUUUGAGAACCAGGACAUGCAUUCAUAAGGCUGUUGAUGAAGGUUGUAUAAAAGGCACAGCACUUUGCAGUUCUCCAUAUGGAAAUUUAUUUGCUGCUGGUUCAGAUAGUGGCAUAGUAAAUGUUUACAACAGGGAGGAAUUUUUAGGUGGAAAGAGAAAGCCAAUCAAGGCAAUUGAAAAUUUGACCACUAAAGUGGAUUUUUUGAAAUUUAAUUAUGAUGCUCAGAUAUUAGCCAUUUGCUCACACAUGAAGAAGAAUAGUUUAAAGUUGAUACAUGUCCCAUCAUUUACUACCUUCUCUAACUGGCCUCCUCCAAAUAGGUCCCUGCAGUAUCCCCGCUGUUUAGAUUUCAGUCCUGGUGGAGGUUUCAUGGCUGUAGGAAAUGCUGCUGGGAAAGUAUUGUUAUACAAGCUACACCAUUACCAGCAUGCAUAGAAGGUAUAUGAGAAAUGGCAGAACCCCCAUUGUUGACCUUAAAUCAGGUAGGAAAUUCCCUUAUUCUGUGAGGUGUUGAGUUGAUUGAGGUUCGAAGAGAGUUAGCAAAUGUACAAGUGCCACUUAUUUUUGCAUGCAGGUGCUUCUCAAUAUCUUGGAGGUUAUUAAGGUAGCUUUGUUUUCAAAUUUUUGGUUAUACAUCUGUCAAUCAAGUUUUGUUUCAGUAGUCAUUUGAUGGUUGUAAGAUCUUCAGCAUUUUCCGGCAUCAACUUUAGACAUAGAAGAAUUUUCUACAAUGAAUUUUAUUAAUUUUAAAUUACAUGUUGUUCUCCUUGUUA